GUUUUGGACCGGAUCUUAUUCCGGCUUUCCCUUUUCCUUGUCUCCAAUGAUGCUUUUGACCUUCUAAACCAACAAAAUGGCGGUUGCAAGUUAUUAGUAAAUCAUAUCUUAUUUUUGUACAUACAUGGUGAAAACUGAGGGUGAGAUUUCACAGAGGAAGAGAGCUGAAAGACCUGUAUCUCAAGUCAUAUUUAUGUGUCUCUGAGGUUGAGGAAGAUUGGAUUGAAUUGUUUUGUUUUCUGAUGAAGAUGGAAGGACAAUAUACUAUUUAUGCAGAGGAAUCUUUUGUGGAGGCUUCCUUCUAAAUGUUUUCGAUAGUAGAGCCAAACAGUUGGAUCCAAAUCACACACCCCUUUACCUUUUCUGAAGCAGCUUCUUUUCGACUAUUUUGACUUGAUAGGUUAUUUGAAGGUACAAAAAGCACAACAGCUAGUGGAGUGAAGGGCCUCCUUUCAAAUCUCUCAUCAAGCAGUGUGCUAUGCUAAGCUAUCUUUCACUGCUUUUGAAUCUUGUUGCAGUUUAGAAAGCUUGAAGUGCAUUUUGCAUUUUGAACUGGAGGCUGCUGCACCCUCAACCUCUUGCUUCUUGCUUUCUGAUACACAAAAGGAAAUUGCCAACACAUAUGCUUUGGAUGGUUGUUGAGAGUUGAAUAUUUUGAGCAAGGAAGUUCUUGAAGCAUUGUUGUUGGUACUGAUGAGUCGAGAGCAACAGAAGCGGGGGAAGCAAGAGAAAGGUUCUGAUGGUGCUGAGAAGGUCAUUGUUGCCGUUAAGGCAUCUAAAGAAAUUCCAAAGACUGCUCUUGUUUGGUCCCUGACCCAUGUUGUUCAACCUGGGGAUUGCAUUACACUGCUAGUGGUUGUGCCUUCACAAAGUUCAGGCAGAAGAUUAUGGGGUUUUCCGAGAUUUGCUGGUGACUGUGCCAGUGGUAUUAAGAAGUACCCUCCAGGAACAAUAUCAGAGCAAAAGAGUGAUAUCACUGAUUCUUGCUCUCAAAUGAUCCUUCAACUCCAUAACGUCUAUGAUCCAAACAAGAUUAAUGUCAGGAUUAAAAUUGUUUCUGGAUCACCUUGUGGAGCAGUGGCAGCAGAAGCCAAAAAAGCACAAGCCAAUUGGGUCGUGUUAGACAAACAGCUCAAACAUGAGGAAAAGCGAUGCAUGGAAGAACUACAGUGUAACAUCGUGGUUAUGAAGCGUUCUCAACCAAAAGUACUGCGGUUGAAUUUGAUUGGACCUCCGAAGAAGGAUGUUGAAGAAGCAGGUCCAUCACCUCCCGCGCAAGAUGACAUGUCUGAAAAGCGAAGCAAAAUAAAGCUUGAUUCCUUAAAUUCUAUCAAAGGACCUGCUGUAACUCCAUCUAGCAGCCCUGAGCUAGGGACACCGUUCACUGCAACCGAAGCUGGUACUUCAUCAGUUUCAAGCUCUGAUCCGGGAACUUCACCAUUCUUCAUCUCAGAGACGAAUGGUGAGUCCAAAAAAGAGGAAACUAUUCAAGAAAGUCAAGAGCUUUGUGAUACUAAUUCAGACACUGAAAGUGAAAGUCUGUCCACAUCUUCAGCAAGCAUGAGAUACCAACCAUGGAUCACAGAAUUGCUUUUGCAUCAACAAUCAUCACAACGCAAUGAAGAGAGAUCAGAGACAACUCAUGGUAUGCCUCAAGCAUCUACAACCAGAGCUUUCCUAGAUAAGUAUUCUAGGCUUGAUAGAGGAGCUGGAUUUGAAAUCUCAACCUAUAGGAAUGACUUGGAUUUCAGUGGAAAUUUAAGAGAAGCAAUAGCAUUAUCUGGAAAUGCCCCACCUGGUCCCCCUCCAUUGUGCUCAAUAUGUCAACACAAGGCACCUGUUUUUGGAAAACCUCCAAGAUGGUUCAGCUAUGCUGAGUUAGAACUUGCUACAGGCGGUUUUUCGCAGGCCAACUUCCUGGCUGAAGGAGGGUUUGGAUCUGUUCACAGAGGGGUUCUACCAGAAGGACAAGUCAUUGCUGUCAAGCAACAUAAAUUAGCUAGUUCUCAAGGUGAUCUUGAAUUUUGUUCAGAGGUGGAAGUCCUGAGCUGUGCUCAACACCGGAAUGUUGUUAUGCUCAUUGGGUUUUGUAUAGAGGAUAAGAGAAGGCUACUGGUUUAUGAGUACAUAUGCAAUGGAUCAUUGGAUUCUCAUUUAUAUGGGCGACAAAAGGAUCCAUUAGAGUGGUCUGCACGGCAAAAAAUUGCUGUUGGUGCAGCUCGUGGAUUACGAUAUCUUCAUGAAGAGUGCAGAGUGGGUUGUAUUAUCCACCGUGACAUGAGGCCAAACAACAUUCUCAUAACUCACGAUUUUGAACCUCUGGUUGGUGAUUUUGGACUGGCAAGGUGGCAGCCUGAUGGAGACACGGGUGUGGAAACUAGAGUGAUUGGAACAUUUGGGUAUUUGGCUCCUGAAUAUGCUCAAAGUGGUCAAAUCACUGAAAAAGCUGAUGUUUAUUCCUUUGGGGUGGUAUUAGUUGAGCUUGUUACUGGGAGAAAAGCUGUGGAUCUCACUAGGCCAAAGGGACAGCAGUGCCUUACCGAGUGGGCACGACCUCUCUUAGAAGAAUAUGCAACCGAGGAACUGAUUGAUCCAAGACUUGGUAACCACUAUUCUGAAAAUGAGGUCUAUUGCAUGCUCCAUGCUGCCUCAUUAUGCAUACAGAGAGAUCCUCAAUGUAGACCACGCAUGUCACAGGUUCUCCGAAUACUAGAGGGUGACAUGGUGAUGGACACAAAUUACAUCUCCACUCCAGGCUAUGAUGCAGGAAACCGAAGUGGGAGACUGUGGUCAGAGCCAUUGCAAAGGCAGCACCAUUAUAGUGGUCCCCUUUUAGAAGAGACUCUGGAGUCCUUCAGUGGGAAGCUAUCCCUUGACAAGUACAAGCCUUCCUACUGGGGUGAUAGGGACAAGGCUAGGAGGGCCUCAUGUGAAGAUGAUAUUUGAAUUGAUUGAUGAUGAAGAUUGCGUUCUUGUUAUGCUAAAUAUAUAGAACAUGCUUGUUCCCCACCUAUUUUGUUAGUUUUUUAUUCCUUUUUUCUUGUGCAAUGGGAUCUAAUUUUGCAUUUGUAUAGCAGAGUGAAAGUAGGAUAGGUAAAUAUAGAAGCUUUUGAAGAAUUUUCAGGAAAUCCUGCAAGUUAGUGCCUCAGUGACCUUGAUAGAAUUA